UGGACGUUUGUUUGUCUCAUCUUCAGGCGGGAAGGAGGCGGAGAAGCGGAGGCAGCGUUAGGGGCAGUGGGGUGGGAGGGGAGGCUUCACAAACACCCACUGGAGGCCUCAACGCCAUUAACAAGAAGCUGCAGAUUUUUUUUAUUCUCCCACACAUCUGGAUCUGAAUGAGUUGCCCAGUUCAUCAGGACCUGAAUAUCAUCAGCCUUUGACCAUGGAACCAAAAAGCACCAAAAUUCACUCUGAGGAAAAACUAUGGAAAUGUGGGGACUAUGAGAAUGGAUUCAAUUACCCAUCUGAGCUGGAAAUUCACCAGCGAAUUCACACUGAGGAGAGGCCGUUCACCUGCUCCGAGUGCGGGAAGGGAUUCACAAAGUCAAACUACCUGCUAAAACAUCAGCGAGUUCACACUGGGAAGAGGCCGUUCACCUGCUUCGAGUGUGGGAAAGGAUUCAUUAAUUCAUCUGAUCUGCUGACACACAGAAGAGUUCACACUGGAGAGAGGCCAUUCAUCUGCCCCAAGUGUGGGAAGGGAUUCGCUCAGUCAUCCACCCUGCUUAUACAUCAGCGAGGUCACACUGGGGAGAGACCGUUCACCUGCUCUGUGUGUGGGAAGGGAUUCACUUGUUCAUCAAACCUGAUGAGACACCAGCAAAUUCACACCGACAAGAAACCUUUCAAAUGCACAGACUGUGAGAAGUGCUAUAAAAGUAUUGAGGAAUUGAUGUCCCAUCAACGUUUUCACACUGAUGAGAGACCGUUCAGGUGCUCUUACUGUGGGGCUGGGUUCAGGCAAACAUGUGAACUCACUGUACAUCAGCGAAUUCACACUGGGGAGAGACCGUUCCUCUGCUCCGAGUGUGGGAAGGGAUUCACUCAGUCAUCCAACCUGCUGAGGCAUCAGCGAGUUCACACUGAUGAGAGACCUUUUAAAUGCCCAGACUGCGGAAAGUGCUAUAAAAGUUCUGGGGAACUGAUGCGCCAUCAACGUGUUCACACUGACGUGAGACCAUUCAGAUGCUGUCAAUGUGGCACUGGGUUCAGGCAAUCAUCUCAACUCACUGUACACCAGCAUGUUCACACUGGAGCGAGACCAUUCAUCUGUUCCAUGUGUGGAAAGGGAUUCGCUCAGUCAUCCCACCUGCAGAAACACCAGCGAGUUCACAGUGCGGAGAAACCAUUUAUCUGCUUUGUGUGUGGGAAGAUAUUCACUCGGUCAUCCACCCUGAUGAGUCACCAGCGAGUUCACAAACAAUUACAGUGACUGGAUUUUGCUGUUAAUCACGUCCAGAACUGAGCCAUGUUCAUUGCCCUCUAUUUUUACUAAUGUUAAUAAACUCCUGCCUAGUUAUCAUGGUUAGU